ACGUAUUCCAAUUGAAAUAGUGGAAAAAAAGAAAAAGAAGAGUAAAAAAGUAAAAACAAAAUUACCGCAAGCGCUGCUAUCACAAUAUUUCGCUAUUUUUCUAGUAUAUUUAUUCUAAUAGUUUAUUGACACAAAGUUUGCUGUUUUUCUUAUUUUAUUACAAAAGUAAACCAUUGAUGAGUAAGUCACGCUUGCUUGCAUAAUGAAGCAGCGAAUGGGAACAGUGUGAUCCAAGUUUCCUUUGGAGAUACACUAGUUGAGCAAUCCAUAUAAAUUAGCACAGUGUAGUUACUGUUACGCAAGAAUAGAACAGUAAAGAAUAUCUAGGAAAGCAACAGACCUUUUGCUAGAGAGUGAAAGGUCUAUAAACCUUGAAAUCGGCGAGCCGGUGAGCAAUGUGAAGAUGUCUCGGAAAAGAAGUCGACAUAGCAGUGAGGAAGAAAUGAGUGCCAAGUUAAUAGGAGCAGGGGAGAGUCAAAAUGGCAGUGAAACUAGCUUUCGAAGUAGCACUAGUCAAGUGCCUUUGGAGCCAAUUCAGUCCCUUCGGCUAGCAGCGCCGUUCAGCAACGAGCCAGCAGCCGUCGCCGAACGCGAACGAUGUCACUACGGGCGCAUCCCCCGCGCCGUGGCAGCGGCCGGCACAGCGCCGCGCAGGGUGCGCGUAUACGCGGACGGCAUCUACGACAUGUUCCACCAAGGGCACGCCAGGCAACUGCAGCAGGCGAAGAACGUGUUCCCUAAUGUCUACCUUAUUGUUGGAGUUUCCAACGACCAGUUGACGCACAGCCGCAAAGGUCGCACAGUGAUGACCGAGGAGGAGAGGUACGAAGCCGUCCGCCACUGCAGAUACGUCGACGAGGUGAUAAAAGACGCGCCGUGGGAGUACGGCGACGAGUUCUUGGAGAAGCACAAGAUUGACUUCGUGGCGCACGACGACAUCCCGUACACCACGGAGGACUCCGAGGACCUGUACGCCUCCAUCAAGGCCAAAGACAUGUUCGUAGCCACGGAGAGGACUGAAGGUGUGUCGACGUCAGAUAUCGUGGCGAGGAUAGUCCGCGACUACGACAUCUACGUGAGACGGAACCUGGCGCGGGGCUACUCUGCCAAGGAGCUGAACGUGUCGUUCCUUAAGGAGAAGAAGUUCCGGCUUCAAAACAAGAUAGACGACCUCAAGGAUAAAGGCAAAAAGGUGAUGACAAACAUCGGCGAGAAGCGCGUAGACAUCCUGACGAAAUGGGAGGAGAAGUCCCGCGACCUGAUCGACGCGUUCCUGCUGCUGUUCGGGCCGGACGGCCGCCUCUCCAACAUCUGGAACGAGUCCAAGGGCCGCCUCAUGCAGGCGCUCAGCCAGCCGCCCUCGCCCUCCCCCAGCGAGAACGGGGACUCCAACGACGACCAAAGAGGGUCAGCGUCGCCUCCACCGCCUAAAUCGCGGCGUUAUGAAACUUUGUGGGAGCCACAUGCAGGUAACUGGAUGCAUCGAGCUCUGAACGCAUUGUCGACUCGGAAGCGACGUCACAGCGACAGCUGACAGACGACGGCUCCGAUAGCGACGACGAUUAUCAAGAUACCAACUCCUAACUCCAGCGUCUCUCUAUACUGCCACGUGACUGAAACAGUUCACCUGGGACUCCACAGCUUUCGUCCGCCACGUGCCUCGCGUUGAUUGGUCGGCGCUACAGCGUACCGCGAACAGUGUUAUCCGACCAAGUGGUUUUUACACGCCGUUUCGUACAACGUCCGUUAACAUCGACGCACAGCACUGUGAAAUGACUUUGAGUUUUGGACUUCUUAAAUUAUUUGUACAGUAAAGAAAUUUGUAUGUCUUUCUGUCUGAGUACAAUGGAGUGAAUGCUAUUAUCCUAUUAGAUUUAUUAAUUAUUAUAUUAUUUAUGUUUAAUCUUAAUAUAAUUCCCUUCGUGUUUUUAGAGUUGCAGAGUGCCUGCAAUGUUUAGCACCUUGAAAUCAUUGUGUAAAGAUAUGCAUUAAAUUAGGUGCAGUAAAACUGUUUUCUUAGAUAUUAUUUGUAUAGGUAAUAUUUUUGACAGUUGAUUAAAAAGGUGCUUAUUAUUUAUAAAA